UGCUGCGCGCGGCAGGAGGUAGCAGGUGUCUCGCUGGGGCCACGACCAGUCUCCGCCGGAUGGAUUAACCCGGCGCUUCUCUGCAGCAAGGUGUCAAUUGGAAGAUGUAAACGAAACCUCCGAAUCUUCGAAGACAUAUCUACCGUUAAAACAGCUGCUUUAAAGAUGUGCUCACGAGGGCCGCUGCUGCUCGCGCUGCUGGCGGGCUGCUGCCUGACGGCCCGCGCGCAGUCCAACUACGCCGACCAGGGCAACGACGUGGCCUUCGGGCCGCCCGAGGAGGGCCUGCCGCCCUCCGCCGUGCUCGACGGCAAGGUCACCAAGCUGGACGACCUGUCGCCCGUCAUCUUCCUCAACCGCACCAAGGCGGCGCUCAACUGCGCGGCCGGCUCCAUGCAGGUUGAGCUGAAGUUCAACGAGAAGUUCUUCGGCAUCGCCUACGCCGACUUCAACCGCAACAGCGCGUGCAAGGUGGUGGGCAAGGGCGCCACCAGCUACCGCCUUGAGCUGCCGCUGAAGGGCUGCGGCACCAAGCAGGAGCCGCAGCGGGUGUUCACCAACAACAUCGUGGUGAGGUUCCACGCGGGCCUCGAGAUGGAUGGUGACGAGGUGAUCACCAUCGUGUGCCGCUACCCGCCGCCCAUCGCUCCGCCGCCUGCCGCGUUGCCCAACUCCAUUAUCAACCUGCCGCCGACGCCCGACAAGAUCUUGCCGCCGCUGCAGGGCUACCAGAUCCUGCUGAUCGUCUGUGCCAUCCUCUUCCUGUCGCUGCUGCUGCUGGGGCUGGGCUGCUCCUACGUGUGCCUGAAGAGGCGGCGCGUGGCCGUCGUGCGGCGACACCCCUUCUCCACGGCCUCCGGCUCGGAGAUCACCAAGCUGUCGGGCUCCAGCCUCGGCAACAUCUCAGUGUUCGAGGGCCUGAAGAUCCCGCGCGCGCACGCCCAGGCCGCCGGCGCCGGGGGCAGCACGUCGGGCUCGGAGGCGGCGCUGAUCGUCCCCGGCGGCGAGCACUCGGACACGCUGCCCAGCGACUACCCCUCCGAGUCGCCCAGCUCCGCGCACUCCGAGGUCGAGGACGUGGACACGCGCAGCCUGCGCCGCCCCUCGACCGUCAGCUCCGCCGGCUCCUACGACAACAAGGGCUUCGUGCAGCACCAGGAGGGCCUGGCCGGCUUCUACUCCGAGGGCUACGGCCGCCGCGACACCGCGGUCGUCCCCCAGCCCCCGCCGGAGCCCAAGUUCGACGUGUCGGUCCGCGUGAAGCGCGCCGCCCCGUCGCCGCCCGCCGACGACGCGGAGAGCGCCAUGAGCAUCCAGGCGAGGAACCUCACCACCAUCCUCGAGCACGGCGAGGACAGCAUGCUGCGCGCCGUCGAAACCUCGCGCCCGCCGGCCAUGACGACCUUCUCUUACGUGCCGGACGUGCACCCGCCGCCGCCCCCAGCCCGCCUCCACACGGCGGCGCCCCCAGUGUACUCGCGCGUCCUCCGCCGCCAGCAGGAGACGGCGCAGGCGCGCGAGGCGUCGGCCGUCGACACGCUGUCUCAGCGGUCCAUCCCCGACAACGACGACUGGUCGCAGGCUGAAGACUUCAUCGACGCGCCGCAGCGGCGCAUGUCCAUCGCGUCGGGCCGCUCGCUCGCCAGCCUCAACACCGAGAUGACGGACACUCGGUCCAUGUCGGAGUUCGUGGACGCCUCGCACAAGCGCUACGCCGCCUCCUCCACGGUGGUACCGCCGCCGCCCCCGCCGCCGCCCGUCGUGCCACCGGCGCGGUACGCCAGCCAGGUGGAGGUCCCCGCCAGGACCGCCGACGUGCUGGAGCCGCCCGUCGUGGUCUCGCGCCGGCCCGAGAUCACCUCGCACGUCGUGGACGACGUCUUCCUGCGCACCAUCACCGAGAAGCGCACCGUGGAGGACGUGGAGCGCCACCGGCGCCAGGUGACCGAGUACCACGCGGCGAGGCCCCAGCCGCCACCGAUCAACCCCCAGUGGGACGUGGUGAUACGCAACUACCCGGCGCCGGGCGCCGAGGAGGCGCGCGAGCCGGCCCGCGACUGGGACAGCUACUCGGAGGCGUCCACGACGUCCGGCUACCAGCCGGUGACGGUGGACGAGCGCCACACGACGCGGGUGAACGUGCAGCAGAACUACCUGAGCAACCUGGAGAUCCCGCCGCGCGACGUGCCCCUGCCCAACUGGGACGUGCUGGUCCGAGUUCUGAACCCGGAGCCCGAGGAGCAGCUCCAGCCCCUGGACACCGGCACGGAGGUGUUCCGCCAGGAGGCGACCCUGACCGUGGAGGACCGCGAGAAGUGGCGCCAGAUCAUCACCACCGAGUCCACGCUGAGGACCCUGCUGACCGAGGCGACGGUGCGCGAGGACUUCGAGCGCAUCCGCAGCGACCAGCGCUACGAGCAGCUGUUCGAGCCCCGGAAGUGGGACGUGAUCAUUCGCGUGCUCGCGCCGCCGGAGCGGCCCUCGUACGACCAGCGCGGGGGCUCGUCGUCGGGCGGCAGUCGCUACCGCCGCAAGUCCGACUGGGACACGCGCAGCCGCCGUAGCUCGCUCCCCACGCUGUACGAGUACGACUCGGACGGCGGCUCGUCGGUGCGCACCCUGACGGCCGAGGCGGUCCCCCCGCCGCCCGCGGCGAUGCGCUCCCGCCGCACCUCCCGCUCCAGCCUGCGCUCCGACGCGGACCUGCGCUCCAUGUCCGAGAUGACGGUGGACUUCGCGCGGCCCGACCGCGCCGACAGCCUCAGCGACACCAGCUCCUACUCGCGCCGCCGGUCCUACGACGACGACGAGCUGCUGGGGCGGGGCUCCGCCUACGACGAGGACCUGUUCCGCAGCCGCCGCCUCGACACGGCGAGCCUCGUGCGCUCCGCCAGCCAGCCGUCCCUGGCGCGCUCCGCCUCCGAGUUCACGGAGCAGUGGCUGCCCCCGGCGGCGGCGUGGGACCCCGACACGCCGGAGCCGUCCCCGGGCCUGCUGCGCCGCCUGCCGCCCGGCGGGGUGGUCUUCUCGACCACCACGACCACGACCCGCCAGGAGAUGUUCCAGCAGCAGGGCUGGUUCGGCGACGCGGAGAGCGAGGCCAGCUUCAAGUAGGGCUCUGUGGCCUCCCACCCUUUAGGUGCCACCGCAAUGUUUCGCGGCAAACAGAAAAUGAAUUUAAGGUUUGGAAACCUUGUGUUUUGGCAGUGAAAAAUUGUUGUGAUCCCAAAAAUUAAUGACCUAAUUGCCAAUAAAACUAGCUUAAGGAAAUCUAUAAAGGCGGAUGCAGCCAUCACAUUGUAGAGGUUAUAGAUACAUUCCGCAGGGGCCCGCGGAAUUUACAGGGCGGCUCACGCGGCCCAAGAGUUUAGCACAUGGGGUUAACCGACACAUUAUCUUUGUAUGUUGUACACUGCCCAUAAUUUGGUCUAAAUGAAUGCAAUAAGCAGACAACUUUAAAAUAUACAGACAGUUGUCCAUAAGACAUAGUUUUGACAUCAAACACGGUUCACAGUCAUGAUUUUGCAAGUGCAGGCCCCCCUCAGUAAGGGGCUUCUUAAUUCCAGGGGGCGGGGUCCCCCGGGAUCUACGCCCAUGCUCACAUGACUGUUUAGGUAUGAGUUUCAAUGCUCUUAUGUUUGAUAUUUCAUGAUGGUACAUUCAAAUCUCUACUGCAUCAAAAUAAAGCCUAAACAUUUAAUAGUUUUAACAAAGUCAUGUGUCUGUUGGCUGACAAUCUGUAAACAAUUGCAUGUGUUGUAAAUUAUUGUGUACACAUGCUGAUUUAUUUUUAAGUUAUAUUGGAAAACAGAUGGUCACUGAUGGCUCUUUGCACUGAAAGCAAGAAUCUGUUUGUGUUGUAAUUAAAUCUUGAUUCAGCCACCAGCAGCUAGACCUUUCAACUACUGUGUUCACCAUACAACUUGCUACAGUACGUACUUUCAAUAAGGAUUUUCAGCCUUGACAGGGAAAAUUUGAUACAACUGUAAGUUUCCUAUUGAUUUUCAAAUAUCUUAUGGCAUGUAAAAUAACUCUUGACUAUUUUUCAGAGGUCACAGAAACAUUAAAUAUUUUUAGUCAUUAAUUUACUAACUAGGUACAUUAUUAAAAAAAUUAAAUUAUUAAAUAUUGUGUCAUAGUGGAGGAGCCCUGACAGCCAAGCCUUAUCUGAAUAAACUCCUCAUUUAAUCAUUAUAAAGUGAUAACUGCUCCUUCCGUUACACAAAAUGUUAACUGAACUGUAUUUAAUUUUCUAAAAUUAAAUAGGUAUCAAGUACAUUUAAUACAUAUUUAAUAUUAAUUUUCCCAUAACUUUGUGACAUAGUUAUCAAAAUUCUCUUAGGUAGUAGAAUUGUUGCUGACUCUGAUAUAUGCAUUUUAAUAUUGUAAUAUAUUUUUUGUAAGUAAUACAACACAAUAAUAAAAUUAUAAAUGAAUGAAUAAAUUUUUGCUUUCCACUAAUGGAAGGAGCAAAAACAAUUCAUCAUAAAAAAAUUAUCUAUGUUUCUUGAAAGCAAUGAAAAUUACUACAGUAUAAUUAUAAUAAUUAUACUAAUUCAGUUUAAUUAUAUUAAUUUUUAAAAAAAUAAUAAAAAAAUUUAUACAUGGUCAUUACAAAACAUGAAUUGAUCAGCUUGACUUACACAUUACCACACUUCACAAGUGACCCCAUUACCAACACUAAAUAAGAGCAGUAAACCACCAAAACCUUUUAACAGGGGUAAAUUAGUAAAACAAAAGCUUCUUUCCUUUCAGAGGAGUUUUCACAGAAAUAUGUGGUCCAGGGACCGAGAAGUUAGUGUCAUGACUUUAUGUGUGAAUCUGGGAUUACAUAUGUAUAAAUAUUUAUGUGCCAACAUCUUUGACCUGGAGCAGGAUGGAAACAUGACAUAUUGAUGAAAAAAAUUUUUUUUAUGAAAAUGUGUUUUAAAAGUGAUAAAUAAUACAUUUACACCGAAAAACUGCCUUAAAUAUGAGCAUUCAAGACUUUACUGCCAAAACAUUUAAAUUUUUUAAGUAAAACCUAUUUUAUCCAUAAUAGUGUGCUUUUUAUGCAAAAAAUAAUGGUUUUAAAAGCAGUACAUUGUUGUUUUUAUUAUAAAUAUUGUGUACCUAAAUUGCAGAGACUGCACACUUACAUGACAGAGUUGUUAAAUAUUUCUCGGUCAUCAACUUUUCUAAAUGAAUAAAAUAUAUUUUUCUUUUUCUAGAGGUACUAUGUUAACACUUUCUGUUUGCAUUACUAUUGUAAAUUAAUAGAUUGAUUUCAAAACAAAAUCAUGAAUAUAUUCAAACAGUUUAUUUGAUGGUGCUCUAAUAUUUGUUAACAUUUAGCACAAUUAUAUUUAUAAGCAAAAAUGUGUUCAGAAACACAAAAUGAUUUUAUAUGGAACACUUAGACAUUAAUAAAUGUAUAAUGAAUUAUAAAGCAAUAUUGUGUGCCAAUAUUAAUAUGGAAUUGAAAUAUGAAUGUUGAUUUGUGUAGUGAGAAUUGCUAGCACGACUACCUACACCAACAUAAAAUUCAUAUUUAUGGAAUGAUUAGAACGACUGUUUCUUUACUUUAUAAAAUAAUAAAUGAAAACAUUAUAAUUUUAAGAAAAUGAUUUAACUCAUAAUUUAUACAAGCAGGUUGUGUAAUAGUAUGUUUUGUUAACUGACAUUUUUAUCAUAAAUAAGCCUCGCUUAAUAUAUACAUAGUAGAUCAAUGUUUGAGUAGAAUUAGUUGUAAAAAUACUUUCAAGGCUGAUUAACUCUACUUAUUCAGAGUCAUAAAUAAAAAAAAGACUUAUUGAAAGGUAAAAAGUAUACAAAUUUCUGCUAAGUAUUUAACCUGUAAAAUAUUCCUUUUUUGUUUGUCACAUGCAAUAUCCUAGCGACGCUAAUUGACUAAAAACUGUUACUAUUGACAAUAAACAUUAUUAUCUAAAAAAAUAAUUGCUUCAUAUGUAUGAGUGCUUAAUAUUAACUACAUACAUUACAAUUAAAUAAAUGCUUAGUAAUACAUCUGCACAAAACAAUUAGGUAUGUACAUAUAAAAUUGAUAAAAUACCGGUAGGAGAAAUGUUUACCUUGGCCUUGCAUACACAUAAGUACAGUGUAACUGCAGCAAUCGAUCAAACAAGUCACUAUCAUGCUGUGUGAUCUCCGUAAUAAACUUCGUAGUUAAGUGCUUGUUCUAAUGGCAAACUAGACCACUGAUUUAUAUAACGAGAAAUGAAAUGUUGUAUAUAAUGAGCCUAAUUUUUUUUUACAAAAUAAAAACUGUUGUAAAUACAAUUUCUUAUACAAGGUGUUUACUGGAGACUACCUAUCUCUUCAUUCAUCACUCGGGUAAUGUUUGAAUUUACUUUUAAUUCAGAGUGGAACUGGAGAAGUAGGUAAAUGGAUCUAGACAUAGUGUAGACCUACCUAAUAACUUAAGUAGAUUUUUUUUAUUAACCGUUAGCUAUAGCUCAAAACAACAAAGCUAUCUGAAUCAUUCUACUUGUAAACUGUUAGAGUUAACAUUUUUUUUACCUUAUGUUUCAGUCAAUCUUAAGUGUGCUCACAGUUAAUUAAACAAUAGGUACCUACUGAUUAAUACUACUCAUUAGAGUUUUCAGUGAAGUAAGAAAUUACAUCUGUCAACAUCAAUCACAAACAUAUAUACUGUAUCCAUUUAGGUAAAAAUAUACCUUCAUCAUAGAUCAGCUCUAACACAGGUGGUAGUUAGAAAUGUCAAUUUGGGUACUUACCUCUAGAUGUAAGUUAAUCUUUACAUUAGUUUAAGUGCACAGUUUAUCUUGUAUCUAGAGUUUAGUUAUUAUGAACAGCUAUUAAAACUUUAGUGAGCAUAUUGUUUUAUGUCUUUUUUUGAAAGUAUCAAGUGGAUUUUGGGUGCUACUGUGUUUUGAAAACAUACUAUAAAAGUAUUCAUUGUGACACAAAUGCAUGGUGCUAUGUUAUAGCUACACUUACAUUAUUAUUAUUAUUAUAGUACUUAAUUUGAGGUGACAGUUAGGUCUGCAUUUCUUAUCAUUCUGUGCAAUAUUUAUCUAGUAACAGUCACAAUACAUAAUUAUAUACUAUAUAUCCAAUGUGCUGCAAUUUGUUCAUUAGUUACCACUUUUAUGAGAUGUCAAUUUUUUUUUUACCAAGCAGCAGAUUUUUGUGUUUAUAAUUUGUGAACAGAUUCCAAGGGCAUGUUAAAUGAACUGAGAUUUGCAAUGAAGUUCCGAUAUACAUGCAGCUGUUGGAUGGGGCAUCUUUCCACUGGCAUUGGAAAAGAAAAAUCUUAAGCUUUUUAGUUAGGUUAUUUUGUUUAGCUAAGCACGUUACAUGCUUUAAAGAUGAUGAUGUUGAUGAUGAUGAUUAUUCCUUGAUAGUCGUACUCGAGCACAAUGACCUCAAGUAGUUAAGGCCGUCGUCAGACGAGGGAGGGGCAGAGGGGGUAAAAUACCUGGGACCAGGAUGCCAGGGGGACCGUAUGCAUGAAUUUACCCAUAUAGCCACAAACCUAUUGUUAAUAUAAUAGACCCGAAACCUUAAAGUUAAGAGAGAUGCGCAGAUCAUGUUUACAGUUCUAACUCGCAAAUUUACAGUCAUUAGUAGGGACAAGAUUUUAUGGUUUUAUUUUUGGGCUAUUUAUUAAAAAAAAACCAAGAGAUUUCAGUGUUAUUGUUUUUAUUUUUUUGAACUCUUAAUAUAGCAUACGAUUAAACAAAUUUGACACUUAAAUGUUUUAUAACACUUAAUUCACCAAAACAGUUUAUUGUGACUGAUACAUGAUUCUCUUUUAUGAUAUACCGUAAUAAUUUGUAACAAGCAUUUCUAAUUACAUACUCAAAAAAAAUAAAAAUAAAUCUGCAAAUUGUGUGUUUGAAAAAUGUUCCAGUGCCCGUAUAUAAAAAUAAGUUUAAAAGAAAAAUAAAUUAAAAUAAAUUCAAUAUAUUUAGUACAACAAUUUGGUAUAACCUUAAUGCUAAAUAUGUUACAUUCUUUGUGUUAAUAGGUAUUUAUAUUAAAAGAAAAAAGGUUUUUGUGAUUAAAGUCAAAUUUUUUAUUAAAAAUGCUGAUUUUUUUGUGAUUUCAGUUGCUUUUCAGUGCUUAAUGGUGUAUCAACUUGCAUUUUAGUGUUGUAUGGUGUAUUGACAUGGUUUUCAGCAUUAAUUAGGUUUUAUCGCAAUUCACCACAUAAUCUUGUCCACAUAAAGUAAUGGAGAGGGGGCCCGACCAAAUUACUUGUCCCCGGGCCCUUGGUUUGUCUCAACUGUCCUGACGGGUGGUGGAAGCCACAUAGCACCUGGAUGAUUCUGCAGUUGUUCGUAACUGCCUUCUGCAGUGGAAGAGAACAGAAUACACAACACCCUAUCCUGGACACGGUCGGCAAUGGAACCCAGGACCUUUGGUCCACCAGCCAUAAGCUCUGAUGACGAAAAUGACAAUCACAUAAUUUUUUAACUUUCCAGAAAAUUGAAAAUAUAUAUUCUCCUUUGUCUUUUUCUAACAAUUCAAAGUGAGAAUAAUUUUGUAUGAAAUCUCAUAAACUAAAAAUAUUUUUUUUUUAUUAAUUUGCUUUCGUUGGUUUAUAUAUUCAUAUAUUUUUAGAUGUUUUUUUUUAUGUACUUAUCUGAGCUUGUAACAUGUUGAAUAAACAGUGCUUACAAAACAGUAAAAAAAAA